AUGGAAAUCAGAGUUGUACCUGUUAGAAGCUUGAUACGGAACUUGACGUCUCGAUCUGGAGGUAUUGUGGCGGUGGAGCAGAGCUGGUGGCGCCAGGGGAUGGUGUUGGUGGCUAGUGUUAGAGGGCAGGGAGAUAACCUUGGAGCUUGGGAAAGGGGUAAUUCCUACGGUGGGCAUGGUGGUGGAGCUAAAGAUGGGCAUGGCAAAAAUGUAGUGAGUACAAAAGAAGAGAAAGAGAAGUACUUAACACAGGGAGGUGUCUUAGGACUUGAGGGCAAGGGUUGUCCCAGUGGUGGUGGUGGAGAGGAAGGUGGGCACAACAAUGGUGAUGGAGCUAGAGGUGGUAAUGGUGGUGGUGGAGCUAGAGGUGGGCAUGGUAAUGGUGGUGGAGAGGAAGGUGGGCACAACAAUGGUGGUGGAGCUAGAGGUGGUGGUGGUGGUGGUGGUGGUGGUGGUGGUGGAGGAGCUAGAAGUGAAAAUGGCAAUAGUGAAAAUGGAUACCAUUAA